UUUCCAGGCAACGGUAAAGCAGAGUUUGAAGGGUACACGUGUAGCGAAAAAGUCACCGUCCUAGUGAAUUCGAUAGAGUUUGUGAUCUAGAGAGGUUGUGUGAUUAUGUCGGAAGGAAAGAGGCAUAAUGGACCGAAUUACUCACUUACUGGAGUUCCAUCACGUCCCGGCUUGCCACGCGGUGCAGCUUUGCAGUCAGGUCUAGACGAGUCCAGAGGUGAUCUUGAAAGCUGGCCAGUGCACCCUGUUGCUCAAUCGACAUCCAAUCUGUCAUUGGGGCAAGCUCAUCGUCCCAAAUCAGUGAUGCACCACGGCAAACGAAAACCAGCUUCCAGAGCAAACCCAGAAAAAUCAAUAAUACCAAAGCCAAAGUUCUUGGAACAGCUGGAAAGCUAUCUACACAGAGAGCUACAGAAACUGGGUUGCACAAUGCAAGGACCAAAUCUAAUAAAACUGCAGGCAUACCGCGAGGUGUUUGACUAUCUGAUGGAAGACUUCAGGACAUAUAAGCCACUGCUGUCGGCAAUUAAGAAUGAGUAUGAGUUGGUUAUUCUAUAUCAACAAGAGGAGAUCAGAAAGUUGGAGCCAUUGGAGACGACAGUUGGAACGUUGGAAGAAGAGUGUGAAAGAAAGAUUAUAGCAAUGAAGCAGGAAGAGAAAACUGAUGUUCACAAUCUUCAACAAGAGAACAAACGACUGUGUCGAGUAAUAGACCAAGCCAAUCAAAAUAAGGCUUUGUUGCAAGCUCAGGUUGACAAGAUGAGUGAACAGCUGUCAGUUGCUUAUAAGAAGUACAGAGAUGAAGCGGAUGCAAGGAAGCUUCUCUUGUCUGACUUGAAUGAGAUGCGCUUCCGAGAAAAGGACAGCAGCAAGUCUAAAGUGGAAGAAGACGAUGAUCCCGUGCUGUUAAAACUCUUUCUAAAUCGUGCUCAGGAAGACCUGAAACUUGCACAGACACGAUUGAAUGAAGUAUUGGCUGACUAUCAGGAUGUCGUACCAAGAAAUGAGUUUACUACAUUGGAACAAACUUACUUGACGUUGCAGGAGGAGCAUGACAAGCUGAAGGGUGAUUAUCGGACUUUGAUGCAAGAGCACAACACUUUGCUUGGUGUUCACAAAGAAGUUGUCAGUCAGAGAGACAAAUUUGCUCGUGAGAGUGAACAGAUGAAACGAAGCUCAACACCAAGACCUGAUUGGGAGCGCUGUGGAGAACACAUCGAAGGUGGCACUGAACGGUGGAAUCAACUAAUGGAAGGCCACACCAGUGAUGAGAUGAUUGACAUUCUCAUUUCCGAACUGACUGGAACAGGUCUAGAACACAUACAACAGCCUGAAUUUUUCGAAGCACAGGGAACAAGCGAAGACAUUCCAAAGCAUCUUCAGUUUGAUGGCCAAGUGAGAAACAGGAAGUUGACUAGAAAAGAUACAAUGCUGUUUAUUGAGGACGUGUGGCAAGAGAGACAACGUCUUCGAACCACAGAGACUGAAUUACAAGCGUUUCCUGAUUUCUUUUUCUUGUAUUUGCAACAGCGCUUCUUUGAUCAAAAUCAAGUAGUCGAGUGGGGCUAUAAUGUUCAUGAUGCAUGCACUAGGUUUCAUGGUGAAGAUCAACGUAUUGCUUUGUUUGGAGAUAUUUUAAGCACGGAAGUUGACGAAGAAGUUUAUCACCAGCAAGAAGCUUCACUCAAACAGUUGUCUGAAGGCUUUGACGCUGUGGCAGGCAAGACUGGUGAAAAGGAUGUUGUUUCUAAAGACGAAUUGUCUGCAAUAAUUGCCAAUGUAUUUCCUGCCAAGUCUCAAGCAGCAAUCGAUGCUCUCUUGAAAGUCUGUGAAGAUGAUCAACAGCUUUCAGAUACCUCGAAAGUUAACUACAAGAAACUACUAGCAGAAGAUGCCUCAUCGACGGCACCAUUUCUCGACCUGCUGAGAAGACAAGAGGAAGCAGAACGCAAUGAGUUUGUAUCAGAGAUAGUACAAGCACUUAAAGGCAAGAGUGAUGUGACUGUUGAUGAGCUGAGACAGGCUGUACUGGCAGUCAAUCCAGGGAGAAGCGAGUACGAAGUCGUCCGAGUCUUGAUGCGUGGAUUUGCUUUCACAAAAGCGUCCGAGUUAGACGAUUGUACGGAUGCUAUUGAAACUUCUAGUCUUGUGAAGUUACUACAAACAGGCGCCAUCAGUCGAGUAGGGAGAAGAGAAUAAUAUUAUUCUGUAGCCAUGCAUGUAUGUAUAGAUGACACAAUUGUAACAGUAGAUGUCAGCUAGAUUACCAACACACAACUAGCUGUAUUGUUUUUGGUGUAAAUUUUAUUGCAGCAGGCAAAUCCAAUGAAAAUAUUUUUGUUUACUUAA